AUGCCACCCAGGAACGGAGGCGGCGGUGGGCUUCGCGGCGGAGUAGAGGGUGGCACAGGCAAUGCGGGCAGAGGCGGUAAGGAAGAGGAACGAAGGAGGAUUGGGCGAAGAAUGGGGGAAAAGGAAGGAGGGGACAGUGGUGGGGAUGGGGUCACCGGCGGCAGUGCGGCGCGGCGGGAACGGCAGAGGCAGAGGGGGAAAGAAAGAGAGAAGGGGAAGGGAAGAAGAAGGAGGGGAGAAGGGCGGCGCGGUGGCGGCGUUCAGGUGGACGGAGUGGUGGCGGGCGUGGCAGUUACAGAACUGGAGGGGGGUGGCAAUGGAGGUUUGGAGUGA